AUGUUACAUAAGGAAGAGAAGUAUGCAAAUAAUACUUGGAAAUAGAUUUGCUUCGAUAGAAAAUUUACCAAGUAUGUUCACGAUAUAUUAAGAGAAGAUGACUGCAUACACUGUAACAUGGUUAAUCAUGUCUAUAAUAAUUAUCUAUUAAUAAUUUCAAAACUGGGCUUUAUUUUGAAAAGAAGUCUCUACAGAACAAAAUGUGAAGUAAUCAAUUACAUUUUCUUAUCCUGCAAUUGCUUUCAUUGCAGACACACUACACACAUGUUCCUGCUUUAAUUUACAGUAUGCAACAUUUUUCCUGAACCAAACGAGCAUAAACAUACAGUUAAACAAAUAUCACCUGAAGGCCAAAAAACAAUCCAACACUCCCCUUUCCUUUCAGCCUCCACCAUGACUUCUUCACACAGCGAGCUGAAGAACAUAUCUGCAGAACUGAAUCGUCUUUCACUCAAGAAACAACAAUUACUGGAAAGGAAAAAAAUGCUGAGCGUAAUUCUGGAGCUGGGGAAUCGAAAAGUUAAAUUUGAACAAACAGAGGCGGCAGACUCAUAUCACCGCGAGACUGAAAGCAUUGAUGACCAACUGAAACAACUGACAGAAAGGGAGUUGGAGCUCCAAAAAAGCCGCGAGACCAUCCUCGGUGCCAGUAAUAAGAGUAGUUUGAAAAAGGUCAGUAUCGCCUCCACUCAGGAGACUGAGCCCAAUAAUCCAAACUAUAAUGUUUUCUACGUUGAGCCUCCACCUAAUGUCCCUGCUCCAACAGUGAUUUUGGAUGUGGAUAACCUUCCAGCUUGUCCAUGCAGGACACAGUGUCCACAGUGUCGGGAGUUCGUCAUGACGGAGACCUUUACCUCUGUGAGCAGCAUCACCUGGCUGGUGUGCUUCAUGACAGCUUUGGUUGGGUAUGAAACUAUUCCCUUGAUCCUAGUGAAAUAUUUGCAUGAGAUUAUAAGCACGCUUUGUUGUCUGUUUCUGUUUAUGCAGCUGAUGUUACAGUCAUUGGCAUAUAUCCUUACAGGUUUGUUUGCAUUUCAUUUUGUUGCUGUUCCUCUUUUGCAGGUGCGUGGCUGGUUGUUGCCUCAUUCCCUUCUGCAUGGAAAAGUUUAAAUCUACCACACACAGAUGUCCCAAGUGUCGAACGUCAAUCAAAAAGAUAAAAAAGCUCUGAGAGGAAAGCAGCUGGUGAGAACUGGAAGCUCAGACUGGAAGAGCAUCAAACAUCAUUAUUUUUUCAUCCAUAAUUUUAAUUCAUUCUUGGGACUUAAGUGACAUAAAGCAUUUGUUGUGCAUCUUCUCUCCUAGACCACACGAUAGAAUUGUCACUAGCACUUAUUGAUGCACUAAUAGCUCUUAUUGCAGUAUACCUUGAUCGUUUGCUUUUACUCUUCCUGUAAGUCACUUUGGAUAAACGCGUCUACUAAAUGACUAAAUGUAAAUGUAAAUGGUCUUGGAAAAUUCAAUUAACUUUUGUCUAUUUUUGAUACUUUCUUUUGGUCAGUGCUGCUUUAAUCUUGCUCUGUGAAGCACUUCAGGCUGCAUGAUUAUAUGAAAGCUGCUAAUAUAAAUAAAGUUGUGUUUU